AUGGUGCUGCUGCUGCUGCGGGCGGCGGUGCGGACCCCGCUGCUGCGGGCGGGUUCCGGUGCCCCAGGCAAGUGCCCCCCCCCCCCCCCUCCGGUCCUGUGCCCCGGGGGUGUCCGGGCCGGGUCCUCACUCCCGCUCCCUGCAGGCAGCGCCGGUGUGAGCCGCAGUGAGCCGCGGGCACGGCACGGACACGGGCAGCAGCAGCAGCAGCAGCAGGAGAGGUGCUACCGGCUGUACCCCGGGCACAUCCCCACCAGCCCGCUGCAGAAGGCGCUGCUGGCCGCCGGCUCGGCCGCCAUGGCUCUGUAUGACCCCUACAGGCACGACAUGGUGGCAGUGCUGGGGGAGACCACAGGCUGCCUGGCCCUGCCCAACCUGCGCGACAAGAUGAGACAUCACCCCGAAGGUUACCGCAUCCUCCAGGAGCGUCCCCGCAUCCGACUCUCCACGCUGGACGUGUCCCGGCUGCGGGGGCUGCCGGAUGGGUCCCUGGGCCGGGAAUACAUCCGCUUCUUGGAGGACAAUAAGGUGUCUCCAGACACCCGGAUGCCAGCCAAGUUUGUGGAUGAUGAAGAACUGGCGUACGUGAUACAGCGGUACCGAGAGGUCCAUGACAUGAUGCACACCCUCCUGGGCAUGCCGACCAACAUGCUGGGCGAGGUGGUGGUGAAGUGGUUCGAAGCCAUCCAGACGGGGCUGCCCAUGUGUGUCCUGGGAGCAGCGUUCGGCCCCAUCCACCUCAGCGCACGGAAGCUGCAGGUCCUGGCCACCGAGCUGGUUCCCUGGGCGAUCCGGAGCGGGCGCAACGCCAGCUGCAUCCUGAACGUGUACUACGAGCAGCGCUGGGAGCAGCCUGUGGAAUCCCUGCGGGAGGAGAUCGGCAUCUUCCCUCCGCCGGCUGUGCGAGUGUGAGAGCUCAAGUACGGGGAGGGGACCGGGGAUCCCUGCGGGCAGACAGCACAGUCCCUGCGGGCUCCAUCUCCUGCCCAGCAGCACAGCGUGGCUCAGAUUCCAGCCACAUGGACCCAAGGGCUGAGGUUCCCUUGCCAAGAGGCCAAGUGACAAAACUUGCCUCUGUUUUUUGCUGCUGGUGACUCAGUGGAGGGAUGCAUGGCAAGGCUGCGUUGGUUCCCAUGGCAGCAGUGCUCAGGUACCAACGUUGGCAUGGGGAUGGAACAGAGCUGGUUUGCAGCACACUGCAGCAAUGCCUUGUCCUUCUGCAGCCCCAGGGCUCUGUAGGUACAUCUCUUCUUCCACUUCCCCUGGGAAGAUACAGGCUUAAAGUCUUGGGGCUGCCCUGGGCUGGAGCUAAAGCAGUGAUUUACAGAGCAGCCCAGGGGCAGGUUUGAUGUGUGCAAUAGGGACAUCCCAUCUUUUGCUGGUGCCUAACUGGUAUCCUGAUGUGCCUCAUGCCUUGGAGAUCAGGCAGUGUAAUUGCAUGCCCACAGGAACAGGCAGGGAAAUACGUUUGGAUAUUAUCCCUGCUGGAUUGGCUGUUCAAGAGCUGAUCCUGAUCUGCCAUGUCCCCCUAUAGUCAUCCUCCCCCUCCAUCAGAAAUGCUGAAAUCCACGUGCUUGUGCUGGGUUUUCAGUAGGAAUCGUCCCUUCCUUGGCCAACAAAAUGAUGUGCUUGGGAAUAAGGAGCUGAAUCCUGAGAGUGCAGAAACGGCGGCUGCUUGUGCAGUCAGGGAGCUGAGUGCUGUCUGGGUUCAUUAAACACGGCUGCAGCAGCAGAGCGCAGAGCUGUGGGAUGCGAGGGCACGGAGCCACACAGCCGAGGGCUCUGUACGUGUGGGUUUGCUGUCGAAACUCCAUCUUGCUUAAUAAAAGCCAGUGUGGA